AUGGCCACGUUAAAGACCACGUCAACAAAUGCCAAGGAGCUGUCAAAGGGUCAAGGUGGGCAGCAACAUGGCCAUGUCCGAGACCACGUCAAUAUCAACACACCCUACAACAUGGCCACGUUUACGGCCACAUCAACAAAAGUCAAGGAGAUAUCAAAGGGUCAACGUGGGCAGCAACAUGGCCAUGUCCGAGACCAUGCCAACAUCAACACACUUACAAACCACUUCAGGCCAAUACACCCAUGA